GCGACGACAAUGAGCAAGGCGCUGCUGCAGGGCAUCACGCUGACGAACGCGCAGGGCGAGACCGUGCAGGGCGAGACGCUGGGCCAGGACGGCAAGGUGCUGGCGCUGUACUUCGCGGCCGACUGGUGCCCGGACUGCCGCGCGUUCCAGCCGGCGCUCAACAGCUUCUACAAGGCCGCGCGCGACCAGAUCGACGUGGUCUUCGUGGGCUCGGACGCCUCGGCCAAGGAUCAGCGCGCGCACUUCGAGGACAAGCAGGGCCCCUGGUGGAUGGUGCCCUUCGAGGGCGAGACGCGCACGCAGCUCAAGCGCAAGUUCGGCGUCUGCGCCGGCGCCGAGGUGCGUGUGCUGAGCCCCAUCACGCGCAAGGGCGGCAUCCCCACGCUCGUGGUCAUCCGGCCCGACGGAGAGGUUGUGGACUUUGACGCCGCCGACAAGAUCGAGCGCGACGGCAUCAAGGCCCUCGCCAAGUGGCAGUAAAAAGUAUAAGGCGAGAGAGAGGACUCUAUAGCAGUAAAGAAUUCAGCAUGGUGCAUUGAGUCUGUA